AUGAAGUUCCAGAAGAAAAAAGACCUUAAGCAGCAGAUUCACCAAAUGCGGAAAAUUAUAGCUGUCCAAGAGCAAGGGAAGAAACUUUUUGCCCAGUCAACCCAGGAGGCUAUCGGUAAGAACAGAGACCUGAUCAGAUUUCUGCUUGCGACUGCAAGGGAUGGGAUGCAGGAUCUGAACCUCGCAAUCAAGUAUGACCAAGUGACGAUCAGCCGGGCUUGCCGAGAUCGGAAGCACCUCAAAAUAUUUUUGUCCAAUGAAACCAUGGAGAAAGCCCGACAGCUUCUGAGUGCUUACGUCUUUGAUCGGAUAAACGUGCAUAACCUCUUGCUGUAUGAAGUGAAGAGGAGGGGGGAGCUCCUACAAGAGAUGCAGCUGAGAUUGCAAAAGAUGACGGAGAUGGAAAAUGCCAGCCCUGAGAUCUUGGCCCAGAUGCAGAUAAUCCGUCAGCUGGAGAAUGACAUCGAGAAGAUGCUUGUGAAAACUGGCACAGCACAGAAGGCCGAGGCCUUGUACCUGAAAAUGGUGGAUUUGCUGAGAGAUGAAGUGGCUCAGCUACCUCUUUUAUUGGACAGCCUGGAGCAUAUGGUGGAGGUCUACGAAGGGGAACUCAAAGGCAUGAAUCUGAUGGCCAUAGACACCACAGAAGCCAUGGAGGCUGCCAAGGCAGAGAUGGAGAAUACAGAGUCCGAGUUAAUUAUUGAGAAAAAGUUCAGAGACAAUUCACUCAGCACCCAGAAGAAACAGAUAGAAAGGAUCCGCACCAAGGAAGCCAGUGAGAGACACAAAAGGAUGCUUGGCCGGCGUGAUCUCACUAUGGAAUUUCCCUCCCUGGGGGGCUGGGAAACGUUGAGAGGUGGAAAACUGGAUGUUUCCAAGGCUCAGAUUGAGUACCACGGUCUGGUGACCAAUGAGGUGGAGAAGAUCAAGACUGCAGUCCAGUGCUCCCAUCUUUGGGAUAUUGCUGGGAGAUUCACAGCCCAGAAGAAGUCUGAGGAGAACCUGCAGCAGCAGAUUGCAGAAUGUGAGAAAAGACGCAGGGAUCUGAAGGCCCAGCUAAAGCAGCUGGAACUGGAGCAGGCAGAGCUGAAAUUCCACGAGACCCAGGGCUUCAUCAGCUUCAGUAAGCUGUCAAAGGACCUGCAAAAGAACCUGGAAAAAGAAGAAGCCAGACUCCAAGAAGUACAGGCCCGGGCAACCAAGCAUCAGGAGCUCCUCCUCCAUUUUGAAAACGGGGUUGAAAACCUCAUAAUGAGGCUCUGUGGCAUCACCGUUCCUGGCCAGGAAGAGAUCCGCAUGGACACUGGUGAUGUUUUUGACAAGCUGAAGUUCUGUGAAGUGAAGCUGAUGCACCUAUUAGAAACGUUUAAUACCAAGCCAAGUUUGGACUUCAGUCAAGAUGACACAAACGAGACUUUUGUAGGGGUCAGAAACUUUCUAGAGGAAAGUACCAGAGAUGAGCAUGUAAACCUGAGGAUCAGCUUUGAAGAGGACGAGGAAGAUGUCAGAGAGGUCUUCAACUUUGCUGACAUUGACCACAGUAUUGUGCCCAACCGGGAUGAGAUCAAGAAGCAAGGCUUAAAACUCAUUGAAGACAAGACUAAGGUCAUGAAGAAAAAGCAGAGAGGGCCCAAUAAAAAAUAG